GGCCUGCCUGUGUGCCGAGGGAGGCAGGGGGUGCCGGGCCCGUGGCGGGUGGGGCCCGUGGGCAGGGCAGGGCAGGGCCAGGCUCACCCCGCUCUGGGGCCCCCCCGCCUCCGCCACCGAGGGAGAGAAGAGUGGAAGCAAACAGAGGAAUUGAUCAGCAGCUGAACAGACUGGAGAGAGAGAGAGAGAGAGAGAGAGAGAGAGAGAGAGAGAGAGAGAGAGGGGACAUGAGAGUUCUCUGGAGCCACCCCUGCCGUGAUGGGAAACGAACCAGCUUCUAGUCGAUAUUAAGGCAUUUGGAAACCAAAGUGCAGUAAGGAAACCAGUCCUCUAGGAAAAAGGAUUCCUCUCAAGGGGCUGAUCCUGCAGAAUCCCUACAUUCACUUUGGAUUAUAGAGUAGAACCGUAGAGUCAGAAGAGACUGCAUGAGGCACCCAGUCCAGGCCUCUGCUGUGCAGGAAAAGCGCAAAGUACCCCUGACAGAUGAGCAUCUAGCCUCUGUUUAAAGGAUUCCAAAGGAGCUUUCACUAUAUUUUGAGGCAGAGAGUUCCACCGCUGAACAACUCUUACAGUCAGGAAGUUCUUCUUAAUGUUCAGAUGGAAUCUACUUUCCUGUUAUUUGAACCUACUGCUGUGAGUGAUCAGAAAGGGAAAAACAAGAAUCAAGUGUCCUUAUUGGAAUUAAAUGUACAUAGCAAUUAACACUGUUGACAUGGAGGAGAAAGCAUAUAAAUGUAUCGAAUGUGGAAAGAGCUUUAGUCAGCAUGAAAAGCUGAAGAGACAUCAAAGGACUCACACUGGGGAGAAACCCUAUAAAUGCCUGGAGUGUGGACAGAGCUUCACUCAGAAGGGAAACUUGUAUACACAUCAAAGGACUCACACUGGGGAGAAACCCUAUAACUGCCUGGAGUGUGGACAGAGCUUCACUCAGAAGGGACACUUACAUUCACAUCAAAGGACUCACACUGGGGAGAAACCCUAUAACUGCCUGGAGUGUGGACAGAGCUUCACUCAGAAGGGAAACUUAUAUACACAUCAAAGAACUCACACCUGGGAGAAACCCUAUAACUGCCUGGAGUGUGGACAGAGCUUUGCUCAUAGUUCAGCUCUACGUAGACAUCAAAGGAUUCACACUGGGGAGAAACCCUAUAACUGCCUGGAGUGUGGACAGAGCUUUGCUCAUAGUUCAGGUCUACGUUCACAUCAAAGGACUCACACUGGGGAGAAACCCUAUAACUGCCUGGAGUGUGGACAGAGGUUUACUCAGAAGGGACACUUACAUUCACAUCAAAGGACUCACACUGGGGAGAAACCCUUUAACUGCCUGGAGUGUGGACAAAGCUUCACUCGUAGUUCAGACCUAUGUAGACAUCAAAGGACUCACACUGGGGAGAAACCUUAUGACUGCCUGGAGUGUGGACAGAGGUUUACUCAGAAGGGACACUUACAUUCACAUCAAAGGACUCACACUGGGGAGAAACCCUUUAACUGCCUGGAGUGUGGACAAAGCUUCACUCAUAGUUCAGGCCUACGUAGACAUCAAAGGACUCACACUGGGGAGAAACCCUUUAACUGCCUGGAGUGUGGACAGAGCUUUACUCAGAAGGGACACUUACAUUCACAUCAAAGGAUUCACACUGGGGAGAAACCCUAUACAUGCCUUGAUUGUGGACAGAGCUUCACUCAUAGUUCAAAUCUACACUCACAUCAAAAGACUCACACUGGGGAGAAACCUUAUAAAUGCCUGGAGUGUGGACAGAGCUUCUCUCAGAGUUCAAGUCUACGUUCACAUCAAAGGACUCACACUGGGGAGAAACCUUAUAAAUGCCUGGAGUGCGGACAGAGCUUUCCUCAGAGUGGAAAUUUAUGUUCACAUCAAAGAAGUCACACUGGGGAGAAACCAUAGAAAUGCAUGGAGUGUGGACUGAGCUUUUCACGGAAUAAGGUUAUACAUAGACAUCAUAGAAUUCAACCUAGAGGGAAUGAUGUUAAUUGACCCCAGAGUGUCAUUCUAACAUAUACAAAAGCAACUCUUGCACAUUUUGGAAAUUCAAGCUCAAAGUUGGGACAUUUCAUCACAUGUGGUGUAUUGUAGAAAGAUUGAACUAAAAUAUGUUCCAUUCUGGAAGGAAACAAGGUUACAUGAAACUAGAGUUUUAUAUGCUGAGAAUGUUGGAUGAUCAAUUAGAAUGAAAGCAUGGGUAGUUACUGCGAGAUACUCAAGUAAGAAUUGACUGUACACAGAGAUAGAAGGAAUGUUUUAUUCCAAAUCAAAACGAAUGGCUUAUAAAGACCUGCAAAUUAGCCACAACGGACAAACUGACAACAACAACAUGGGCAAAUGUCAGUUGUAAUAGGUAUUAAUUGGAAGAGUGUUAUCAGAAAUAGAAGUGUUGUUAUAUGAUAUUAUCUAAAGGGAGUAGAAUAAUGAGAGAUAAAAAUUAACAGAUAGAAUGAGGCUUUUAGGCACGUAUCCCUGUCUGUUUGUUAGUUCAGUUGUGUGUCUAUGUAGGUAACUGUUCUGCUAGUGUGUUUGUUUCUGAUUCCAUCAAAACAACAGGAACCCUUUUGUUCUUAACACUUGUAUUAUUAUUAUUAUUCUGUUAAUAUGUUUAUAUUAUUAAAUUCUAUUAUUGUAUUAUAUUAUUUAUUAUAGGAUUAUUCUAUAUUUUUAUAUUCUUUAUUUUUCUAUUCUAUUUCCCUAUUCUUAUACUAUUCUGUUGUUGUUUCUUCAUUGGGUCCCUUCCGACUCUUGGUGACCUCCUGGACCAGCCCAGGCCAGAGCUCCCUGUCGGCCGAGGCCACCCGCACCUCCUUCAAGGUGGAGUCAGGAUGCUUCAAGGAUGCUAUCCACUCAUCUUGCCCUCGGCUGGCCCCUCUUCCUUUUAUUUAUUCAUUUAAAUAGUUAAUUGAUUGAUUGAUACACCGCUCUUCCGCUUGCAUUUUCCCCAUCAUCAUUCUCUUCUCCAAACUUUCCUGUCUUCUCAUGACGUGGCCAAAGGACUUCACCUUUGCCUCUCAUCUGCUUCCCUCCCGUGAGCAGUCAGUCGGGCUUUCUUUCCUGGAGGAUGGACUGGUUGGAUCUUCUUGCGGUCCAAGGCACUCCCAGGGUUUUCCUCCAACACCACAGUUCCAAAGCGUCUCUCUUUCUUCGCUCAGCCUUCCUUACGGCCCAGUUCUCUCUCGCAUCCAUAGGUUACUACUGGGAAUACCACUGCUUUAGCUACGUGGAGUUUUGUUGCCAGUGUGAUGUCUCUAGGUUAAGGGAUCAUCAUCAAGUUUGACACCAAACUGGGAGGGAUAGCUAACACUCCAGAAGACAGGAGCAGAAUUCAAAACAAUCUUAACAGACUAGAGAGAUGGGCCAAAACUAACAAAAUGAAGUUCAACAGGGACAAAUGCAAGAUACUUCACUUCGGCAGAAAAAAUGGAAAUCAGAUACAGAAUGGGGGACGCCUGGCUUGACAGCAGUGUGUGCGAAAAAGAUAUUGGAGUCCUCAUGGACAACAAGUUAAACAUGAGUCCUACAAAGCAAAGCAAAUAAUAAUAAUAAUAAAUUUAUUUUUGUAUGCUGCCUCCAUCUCCCCAGCAGGGGACUCGGGGCGGCUCACACGGGGAACAAGCCCAAUAUAAUCACAUAAAAUCAUAUAAUAACAAUUUAGACAUCAGACAACACAAUUUAAAAACAAUUUAAACAGGUCAUAGUUAAAAUCGACAAAGUUAAAAUGUUAAACAAUCAUCCGGGCAUUAAAGGUCCAAUAUAGGAUCACAUCUGGGCAAUAAUUAAAACUGAUUUAGGGAGUGUCCAUUUACAAAUAAGACAUACAUCAAAUAGAUACAACCGGUAAGGAAGAUAAAUCUGAACGGGAAUCAAACUCAAAAGCGAGCAGGGCAAGUUUCAGUGUAGACAUGGACCAGGUUAUAACAGACUUGUCUACUCAAAAGCACAACAGAACAGCCAUGUUAAAGCGGUACCUAGAAUUUAUUUAUUUAUGUAUUUAUUUACAGUAUUUAUAUUCCGCCCUUCUCACCCCGAAGGGGACUUGGGGCAGAUCAUACUACACAUAUAAAGCAAACAUUCAAUGCCUUGACAUAGAACAAAGACAAACGCAGGCUCCGAGCUGGCCUCGAACUCAUGACCUCUUGGUCAGAGUGAUUUGUUGCAGCUGGCUGCUCACCAGCUUGCGCCACAGCCCGGGCCCUACUCCACAGAUGCAACUGUCUUUCAAGCUGCUUACAUGAGCAGCGAGCCAGGCUCUUAAUGGUCGGGAACUCAAUCUGACCCGGCCUUCGAUCCCACAACCUCUCAGUCAGUCGUGAUUUAUUGCAGAUGGCUGCUAACCGGCUGCACCACAGCCCGGCCCGGUGGCCAUGUUGGGUCUGUGUGCCAAGUGAGUCCCAGGCCCUUCGUUGUUGGCGUUCACAGGGCUCUUGGAUUGCAGCAGAACUAUACGUUCCACUCCCUACGACUCCUCUCAGUCAGGGUCAGGACUCCCCAAACCUCAAUCUCCAGUUGCUGUGUGCCACAGGAAAGAAUAGGAAAGGGUUAAGGGAGAGGCAGUGGGCGGGGCCAUGCCAAUUCCCUUCUACGUCCUAUCCUUUUCUAUGGCGCACAGCAAACAGAGGAACUGGUCAGCAGCAGAACAUACUGGGGGGGAGGGGGUCUGGGGAGAAUUCACCAUGGUUUCUAUGAGUUGUAGGGACUGGGAUGUAUAGUUCACCCGCAAUCUAACAGCACUCUGAACUCUAGCAAUGAUGGAAUUGGACAAAACUUGGCCCACAGAAACCCCAUGACCAGCAAAAAAUAUGGGAGGUCUUUGGGGGGAUACAGAGGAGUUGUAGUUCACCUCCACCCAGAGCGCACUGUGAACCCAAACACGGAUGGAUCUGGGCCCAACUUGGCACACAGACCUGAUAUGCCGAGAUUUGAUGACCGGAGGGUUUUGGGUGAGGGUAGUGACCAUUCCAGCCCCAGAUUCUGCCAACCUAGCAGUUCGGAAACAUGCAAAUGUGAGUAGAUCAAUAGGUAUCGUUCCGGCAGGAAUGUAACAUUGGUGCUCCAUGCAGUCAUGCCAGUGACCACAGGACCUUGGAGGCGUCUACGAACAUUGGCUCUUCGGCUUAGAAAUGGAGAUGAGCACCAACCCCAGAGUCAGACACGACCGGACUUAACAUCAGGGGAAAACCUUUCCCUUUACGUAGAGGCAUCACACUGGCAACAAAAGUCCAAGUAGCUAAGGCAAUGGUAUUCCCAGUAGUAACCUAUGGAUGCGAGAGAGAGCUGGGCCAUAAGGAAGGCUGAGCGAAGGAAGAACUGUGGUGUUGGAGGAAAGUCCUGAGAGUGCCUUGGACCGCGAGAAGAUCCGACCAGUCCAUCCGCCAGGAAAGAAGGACCGACUGACUGCUCACAGGAGGGAAGGAGAUGAGAGGCAAAGAUGAAGCCCUUUGGCCACGUCAUGAGAAGACAGGAAAGCUUGGAAUAGAUCACGAUGCGGGGGAAAAUGGAAGGAAAAAGGAAGAGAGGCCGACCAAGAGCAAGGUGAGUGGAUGGUAUCCUUGAAGAAACUAACUCCACCUUGAAGGAGGUGCGGGUGGCCUGGGCCGACAGGGAGCUCUGGCCUGGGCUGGUCCAGGAGGUCACCAAGAGUUGGAAGGGACAGAACGAAGAAACAACAGAACAAUAUAAUAAUAUGAAAAUAGAAUAGAAAAAUAAAGAAUAUAAUAUAGAAUAAUCCUAUAAUAAAUAAUAUAAUAAUAAAAUACUGCAGUAGAAUAUAGUAAUAUAACAAUAAUAUAAACAUAUUACAGUAUAGUCUCACUUAUCCAACGUUCUGGAUUAUCCAAAGCAUUUUUGUAGUAAAUGUUUUCAAUACAUCGUGAUAUUUUGGUGCUAAGUUCGUAAAUACAGUAAUUACUACAUAGCAUUACUGCAUAUUGAACUACUUUUUCUGUCAAAUUUGUGAUAACAUGAUGUUUUGGUGCUUAAUUUUUAAAAUCAUAACCUAAUUUGAUGUUUAAUUGGCGUUUCCUUAAUAGGGAUAAUAAGGAGGGCCUUAUUAUCCAACAUAUUCACUUAUCCAACAUUCUGUUGGCCCGUUUAUGUUGGAAAAGUGAGACUCUACUGUAAUAGAAUAAUAAUAAUAAUAAUAAUAAUAAUAAUAAUAAUAAUAAUAAUAAUAAUACAAGUGUUACGAACCCAAAGGGUUCCUGUUCUUUUGUUGGAUGCAGAGUGUUUAGGGAAUUGUGAGGAAAAUCCUGAGCGUGCCUUGGACCUUGGCAAGAAGAUCCGACCAGUCCAUCCUCCAGGAAUGAAGGCCCAACAAGGACUGCUCACUGGAGGGAAGGAUAUUGGAGGCAAAGCUGAAGUAUUUUGGCCACAUCAUGAGGAGACAGGAAAGCUUGGAAUAGAUCACGAUGGUGAGGAAAAUGGAAGGAAAAAGGAAGAGAGGCCGACCAAGGGCGAGAUGGAUGGACGGUGUCCUUGAAGUGACUGGCUCGACCUUGAAGGAACUGGGGGCGGUGACGGCCGACAGGGAGCUCUGGCCUGGACUGGUCCAUGGGGUCACAAAGAGUCGGAGGCGACUAAACGACUGAGCAGCAGCAGAGGGAUCAGUGAGGCGCUUUUAGAGACCAAAUUCGGUUUUAACACUUUUCAUGUAGCAUUUAUUGAUAAUCCCAUCAGAAUCAUAUCAAAAUCACAUCUAGAGAGAGCUCUCACCCACACGCACAUGCAUACAUCCAUACUCACACACACAGACCCUGCCCGGAAGAGGUGAUCAGGUUCUCCCGACAGGUGUGGACGCUCCGUAGUCACAGGUCCAGAAAGCGUGCUGAAUCUUUGAGGCAUUUGAUACCCUAAAGUUUAGUCCUCCUUUCGGGGAACGUGCUGUUCCUUCCAUUCUUAUGGCAUGGUUUCAAAACAUUCUCCAUCUCAGGCUGUAGAGCUUAUGGGGUCCCACCUGCACACGUUAUUGACCAUUGUUAUUCGGAUACACCUUACUGGACCCUCGUUCUGUCUUGCCAGGUGAGAGACGCCUUGUUGGUUCCUCGCUUCAUGUUGUGAUCCCCAUCUCAUGCCAUCUCCGGACACAAAGCGCUGGCACAGAGCACAUGACCAUGGGCCAAAAGGGAGGACAGGACAUACGAACCAGCCAUAAAACUCAACUGCCCCGAGGUGGGGAAAAGGGACUCUGGAAGGUGGGAAUGGGCAACCUCCAGGCGCCAGGACUCCAGGGUGAUUUGAUACUGUAGCUAAGCCUAUAUAUACGGGCAGUAGAGCAGACUCUUAUAUUCCGAACAAUAAUGCCGUAGGUAUCUCCAGCCCUUGUGUUUACUCUUUAAAAGAAGACUAACCCACACCACACAGUUGGAGCUGACAAGCCUUACACCCAACUGGAUACAAUUCAAGCCUUGGACAACUAAUCGGAACCCAACUCAUCAGAAUCCAACUCAUCAGAAUCCAACUCAACUCAAUGGAACCCAAGACAACUCAUCGGAACCGAACUCAACUCAUCAGAAUCCAAAUGAAUACAACUCAAAUCUUGGACAACUCAACGGAACCCAACUCAAGUCAAGUGAACCCAACUUGACUCAACUGAACUCGACUCAACUCAGCUUCAUGUUGUGAUCCCCAUCUCAUGCCAUCUCUGGACACAGAGCACUGACGGAGAGCACAUGGCCAUGGGCCAAAAGGGAGGAUAGGACACAUGAACCAGCCAUAAAGCCCAAUUGCCCUGAGGUGGGGGGAAAGGGACUCUAGAGUGAUUGAUGGUACGGUAAAGGUCAAGGUUUCCCCUGACGUUAAAUCCAGUCGUGUCCGACUCUGGGGGUUGGUGCUCAUCUCCAUUUCUAAGCCAAAGAGCCAGCGUUGUCCGUAGACACCUCCAAGGUCAUGUGGCCGGCGUGACCGCAUGGAACGCCGUUACCUUCCCGCCGGAGCAGUACCUAUUGAUGUAGUACUCACAUUUGCAUGUUUUCGAACUGCUAGGUUGGCAGAAGCUGGAGCUAACAGCGGGCACUCACUUUGCUCCCUGGAUUUGAACCUGGGACCUUUCGGUCUGCAAGUUCAGCAGCUCAGCGCUUUAACACACUGAGCCACCGGAGGCUCCUGAUGAUACUGUAGCUAGGCCUAUAUACACGGGCAGUGGAGCAGACUCUUGUAUUCUGAACAUUAAAGCCGUAUGGGAUCUUCAGCCCUUGUGUGCCUGGGCUCUCUUUCAAAGAAGACUAACCCACACCAACACAGUUGGAGCUGACAAGCCUUACAAUUUGCUCUAAAUCCCUUACUCUCUGUAGCUUCUGCCUGCACCAGCCUGGAGGAAGGAGAGAGAGAGGACCAACUCGCAGGCAUUUUGGGGGAAGAAGCAGGCUCCGAAGGAGGAGAUGGGGCAGGAUCUCACACUCCCUUGAGUGCAGCUCCCCCCCCCCCGAUCCAAGUGGGUCACACCAGCCCCGGGGGGCAAGAGGCUAGCUCCGGCCUUCCAGCGGUCGCUCCGUCUCCUCAGGCCAUCUCCCCCGGCCUUUCUGCGGCAGCCCCUUCCUCCCAUCCCGUUGGAGCUGACAAGCCUCACUCUUCACCGCCCAAGUCCGUCCCAUGUCACGCUUUGCGUGAACUCCGUUUUCUUUUGAGGCCCGUUUCUUCUUUCUUCACAAGCACCCACACAAACACACUCCCGUUUCUUACACACACGGCCUUGAUACAUCAAUACUACUUUAUUGUAUCGCAUGUCUGAUUCAGUGUCAAUUCUAUGUAUAUAAUCAGUUUAAUAUAGUUAUAUUUAGCGGAAAAGCGAACCGCUCACACAGAUUUAAAUACCGGGAACUUUGCCGAAGCGCUAUGGAUCCAAUCUGAGCCCAACAGAAUUUAAAACAAGUACCUUUAUUAUACUGCAGUAUAGACGGAUGGACAAAUCAAAGGUGACCGCCGUGAAGAACAUUUGAAAUGAAGCUCAAUAUAUCCUCAUGUUCCUCAUUUCUUUGGAACAGUACAGAGUGUUGUAAGCGUGCUUCCUUUAUCAUAACCAACAUUUGUAGAAAAACAUGUUGUUCACUUAUGUUCCAGUAAGUAGCUUAACCACAUUAACCACAUCGGCCGACCACAAGAUGUUCCGGAAACAUAGUGGCGACAUACGGACACUUGCCUCUCCUCUGGAAGAAGGCAGGUUGCAUCUUUAAUAGAAUAAGUUGAAGUAGACACCUUAAUAAUGCAUAAUUAAAAGCAAUCGGAAAUAGAAUAGAAAUAGAAUAGAAAUGCAGGCACUUUGGCCCAUCAACCCUCUCAAUAGAGUCAACAUACAUCGCAGUUCACAAUUGCGUUUCUAAGUAUUGCAAUUCGUUUUCAAAUACAGAAAAUCGAUCAGUCACUCCUUGUAGCCCUCACCUUACUAUUGGGUGCAUCAAUAGAUGUAAACAUGCUGCUGCCGCUUUGGGUGAAUAUCCGUUGAUUUCAUCACACCAGUGACGUUCUGUCGGGCUGCUUCCUUCUGCGGCCACGCUCUGACGUUCUCCAUCAACCUCUUGGAUCCUAACAAAACCUUUCUUACUUCUUUCCUCAUAACUCUCCAUAUGUUUCUUCACCUGCUGAUUCGUUUUUACUAGUAUAUUUAAUUUUUCCCAAUUAAUUCCUUAUCUUAUAUUUAUGGAUAACUUUUUAAACUUCAAGUCUAUUUCACUGUCUCCAUUCUCCAUCACGUACACCAAAUUCCCAGUUUCAUCAUCUUGAACAAAAGUUAUGUUACAUUUACAUUUCAACCGAAUGUUUGUUUAUCGGGUUCUAUUAUAUUUCCAUCAGAGUAACACAUUCCUGUAUCUUGUGUGAAUGUAUCACAUCUUCCAUGUUUAUAGCACACGUGGUCCUAUCUGUGUGAGGUGUGGUGAGCACACAUAAUCUGCUUCCCGCGCUUCCCAUUGUUUUAUAUCCAUUGUGGUGUUUCCUUUAUAAAUCUUUGUAUCUGAGCACAAUAUCUUACUUGACAUUAAAGAAGGCAUACAGAAUAUCCCAUUGACUACUACAAGGGUUGUUGUUGUGUCACAAACCAUUAUCUAAAUUGUGUCAUGUUUUCUACUCACUGAUCUCACAGACCUCACUCUUCCCUGAACGCUCGGCAUCCAAAGAACAGGAAACCUUUGGGUUCAGAACAAAACAAGUUGACAGUUUCAGCAGUUUUGUCCCUUAUAAAUCCCCCUCUUUGUGGCAAAAAAUAAAUAAAAAAGAGAGAUUAAAAGCAACAUUACAAAAAAGGCAGAAAUUGUAUAUAAUGCUUCAACUACACAUGAAACUAACUACUACAUGAGAUACAAAACUAAAUCAGAAACAAACAGACCUGCGAAACAGUUACCUUCAUAGACACACAACUGAACUAACAAACGACAGGGAUAAAUGCCUAAAGGCCUCGUUCUAUCUGUUAAUUUUUAUCUCUCAUUAUUCUACUCCCUUUAGAUAAUAUAAUUACUUCCAGAAUGGAACGUACAGAGUUCCCUCACUACUUCGCUCUUUGCGGAUUCGCUGUUUUGCGGUUUUUCAAUAAACUCUAAAAGACUACUAUAAAUAAUAAAAAAUUACAAUGUACAGCCUAAGGAAGGGAGGAAGGAGAAGCCAAAGGGAGAGAAAAGGAGCCCAAGCGGCAAAAAGAGGAGAAGGAGGCGAUUUAUCAACACAUUAUUUCUUGAUAAAGACUUAAAAUAGUGUAUAACUAUUAAAAUAAUGUAGAAAUAUAUAGCAUCCCUACUUUGCGGAUUUUCACUUAUUGCGGGUGGUUCUGGAACCCAAACCCCGGGAUAAGUGAGGGAACACUGUAUUUUUAGUUCAAUCUUUCUACAAUACACCACAUGUGAUGAAAUGUCCCAACUUUGAGCUUGCAUUUCCAAGAGUUGCAUUUCUACUUGUUAGAAUGACACUCUGGUGUCAAUUAACACCAUUCCCUCCAGGCUGAAUUCUAUGAUGUCUAUGCAUAAUGUUAUUCUGUGAAAAGCUCUGUCCAUACUCCAUGCAUUUCUAUGGUUCCCCCCCAGUGUGAGUUCUUUGAUGUAAACGUAGACCUGAACUACGAGUAAAGCUCUUUCCACACUCCCGGCAUGUAUAGGGUUUCUCCCCAGUGUGAGUCCUUUGAUGUUCACGUAGAGUUGAACUAUCAGCGAAGCUCUGUCCACACUCCAGGCAUUUAAAGGGUUUCUCCCCAGUGUGAGUCCUUUGAUGUUUACGUAGGCCUGAACUAUGAACAAAGCUCUGUCCACACUCCAGGCACAUAUAAGUUUUCUCCCCAGUGUGAGUCCUUUGAUGUGAACGUAGGUCUGAAUUCUGAGUGAAGCUCUGUCCACACUCCAGGCAUUUAUAGGGUUUCUCCCCAGUGUGAGUCCUUUGAUGUCUACGUAGGCCUGAACUAUGAGUAAAGCUCUGUCCACACUCCAGGCAUGUAUAGGGUUUCUCCCCAGUGUGAGUCCUUUGAUGUGAACGUAGGUCUGAAUUCUGAGUGAAGCUCUGUCCACACUCCAGGCAUGUAUAGGGUUUCUCCCCAGUGUGAGUUCUUUGAUGUCUACGUAGGCCUGAACUAUGAGUGAAGCUCUGUCCACACUCCAGGCAUGUAUAGGGUUUCUCCCCAGUGUGAGUCCUUUGAUGUGAACGUAGGCCUGAACUCUGAGAGAAGCUCUGUCCACACUCCAGGCAUUUAAAGGGUUUCACCCCAGUAUGAGUCCUUUGAUGUGAAUGUAGAUCUGAACUCCGAGUGAAGCUCUGUUCACACUCCAGGCAUUUAAAGGGUUUCUCCCCAGUGUGAGUCCUUUGAUGUAUACGUAGACCUGAACUACAAGUGAAGCUCUGUCCACACUCCAGGCAUUUAUAGGGUUUCUCACCAGUGUGAGUUCUUUGAUGUGUUUGUAAGCUUCCCUUCCGAGUAAAACUCUGUCCACACUCCAGGCAUGUAUAGGGUUUCUCCCCAGUGUGAAUCCUUUGAUGUCUACGUAAGCCUGAACGAUCAGUGAAGCUCUGUUCACACUCCAGGCAUUUAUAGGGUUUCUCCCCAGUGUGAGUCCUUUGAUGUACACGGAGACUUGUACUAUGAAUGAAGCUCUGUCCACACUCCCAGCACUUAUAGGGUUUCUCCCCAGUGUGAGUCCUUUGAUGUGUUUGUAAGCUUCCCUUCCGAGUAAAGCUCUGUCCACACUCCAGGCAUGUAAAGGGUUUCUCCCCAGUGUGAGUCCUUUGAUGUGUUUGUAGAGUUGAACUAUAACUAAAGCUCUUUCCACAUUCAAUACAUUUAUAUGAUUUCUUCUCCAUGUCAGCAGUGUUAUGUACAUUUAAAUCCAAUAUUGAUGCUUGAUUCUUGUUUUUCCCUUUCUGAUUACUCACAGCAGUGGGUUCAAAUUACAGGAAAGUAGAUUCCAUCUGAACAUUAAGAAGAACUUCCUGACUGUAAGAGCUGUUCAGCGGUGGAACUCUCUGCCUCAAAAUGCAGUGGAGGCUCCUUUGGAAUCCUUUAAACAGAAGCUAGAUGCUCAUCUGUCAGGGGUACUUUGCACUUUUCCUGCACGGCAGAGGCCUGGACUGGGUGCCUCAUGCAGUCUCUUCCGACUCUAUGGUUCUACUCUACAAUCCAAAGUGAAUGUAGGAAUUCUGCAGGAUCAGCCCCUUGAGAGGAAUCCUUUUUCCUAGAGGACUGGUUUCCUUCCUGCACUUUGGUUUCCAAAUGCCUUAAUAUCGACUAGAAGCUGGUUUGUUUCCCAUCACGGCAGGGGUGGCUCCAGAGAACUCUCAUGUCCUGGUCAAGAAAGAAGACGCAAAAGGUUAGACAUGAAGCCGCAUACCUCUGGCUCAAGGCAAACAAAGCGAAAAAGGAAAGAAGAAAGGAAAGAUGGAAGGGAGGAAACACAGAAGGACAGGAUAAGAGAAGGAAGGAAUCAUAGAAGGAGAGAACUGAACCCUUUUCCAAUAUUGGAGGGCCACACCCAUUUCAUUGGGUCAAACCCAAACGUGGUUAAAGGAACACAAGGCAGGCUGGCUGGCAGAACUCCUCCCAGCAUUCAAGGGUGUAACAUAUUCUGGAUCAUGGGUUUCCGUGAAUUACCAGGAUUGUGCUAAAUGCUGAAAGAAACAAGGAUUUCUUUAUCGAUUGUGUCAUUAUCUCCCCUGCCACAGGGACCCCCAACUCUGCUUCCUCAGCAUCUCAAAGGGUCACUCCGGCCACAUUUCCCAAAUGAAUCUUCCAAACUAAGAAGGACCUGCCUUCCCAACUGGCUAAUUCACAACCACGUUCACAAAUUGAGUCCAUGCUGAACUAAGUUCCAUUCAGGCAUUCAUGCAUUCCCUCUGUAGAGCCCAUGAUGAGAUGCAAAGACAGGCACAGCUCCAGCCACAAAGCCUCCUUCCUGCCGACUCCCUUCACCUUUGCCCACUUCCCCCUUUCCUUCUUUUUCCUCCGUCCAGGGGAAAUCCAAAGAAAACUGGAGGCUAUGGAGAGAAAAGGUCUUCCUUGGAUGCCUUUGGGAAGAACCGUCACGGGCCUGAAAGGUUAUCCCUUGAUUCUGUAAGGCUGAAAACAAAAAUGACUGGGAGAAGAAUGGGCUUCCGUGGGAACUUCCAAAAGAAAGGGCCUGGUAUUCUAUCUCCCCAAACUCUGGCACCCUCACAUGGUUAAGACAGAUCGAGAAGGAAGGUUUCUAAUGGUAGCGAUGGAACUACAAACAAUUACUCAAGUAUAAGCCGGCUUUUCAGCAUGGCUUAUACUCGGGUGAGGGAGGGAAGGAGGGAGGCAGGUGUUGCUGAGAGGCAGCUGUCACCGUUUGCAGUCCUUGUCCUUGUGACUGAACGAAAGCAGGUGCCUCCCUGAGGUAACAAGGCUGCACUUGAGUGAGGGCGAAGAGGUCCUCAUGCUUGACUUCCGGUUGGUGGCAACGUGGUGGACAACGUGUCUCCUUGGAGCUCCAAGGGGACAGCCUGGUUUGGAGCUAGGGGUGGUGGUGACCCCCCUCCCUUGCGGUGGAUCGAGGCCCAAGGGGCUCUACCCUCACAGCGCGACCGGCCGACGGCGUCAGGAGGGGCGCCUCCCUCAAGGAGACGUCCCCAAAACGCCCGGCAGCGGCGUGCAAAGAGGGGCAGCUCAAACCGAAAGGCACAGGGGACGAAAGUCUCCCUAAAGUUCCAUCUGCCACCAGCACCAACAUUACGAGAACUGCUAAACAGAACGAAACGACAAAAAAAGAAUACAUUUACCUCUGAGGGGAGGAAGCCAGUUAACUUCUACCCGGAUAAGAGAGGAACGGGCGUGCGCCAGAUCAAAAGACGGGGGGAAAAAAGCAUCAAACGACAGGUGAGAAAGAGCAACGGACGGAGGUGAGGGGGAAGAGGAGGAGGCGAGAAGUGUGGAAAGGGAAGGGAGAGCAGGAGAGCCGUCCAACACACAAAGCCGACAACUGGUCUGUGUGAGAAGACAGAGUCGCCAUUACUGCGACCUUGAGGAUUUCUUGUUGAGUCUACAAGACUUGUCUUUAUAAACAACUGUGCUAGCGAGAGCAGAGGCCAGAGAGACAGGAAGCCACAAAGACGGAAGAAGCUGGAAGGAGAGGAGGACGGGAAAGAGAACUCAGGAAGGGAGGAGGGACGAGUGGAGAAGCAACAAAGAGGUUCAGCAGGAGGUGGAGCCAGAGAAGAGAAGAAGGAGAGGGGAGUAGAAGAGAGAGAGAGGGGGGAGGCUGAGCGACGUAAGAACGCUAAAGUGAUAGGCAGACUUACAGAAGGAAGACAGAGCUAUACAAGGGGGGGGGAAGGAGAGAAAUAAAGACAAAAAGCGAAGUUUGGAAUAAACAGUUGGCAUAGGGGAAGCACAGUGAAGGAUAUAAGGAAAAUAAAGAAGAUAAAGAAAAUAAAUAUCAAAUAACCACAGCAAUGAACUAAUCACUAAAUCACAACUAAAUCAAAAAGCUAGAAUUCUAAAUUGAAUCAACACAACACAAAUCAAUUAAAGAUUAAUCAAUCUGUUUAUCAAAUUACAAAGCACAAACUGCUAAAUACCAACAGCAACUAUAGUACAACUAAAUUAAUUAAAGUAAUAAAAUAAAUCAAAUUCAUCCAAAGACCGACCUGACUUAAUUUCCAAGGUUUGGUUCCUUUUGGUGGGGCCUAUCAUAAUAAUAAAAUCGAAUUCUUUGACUGACGCUACUAAAAACACCCCCCCCCCCCCCCGGUCUAGCUUCCACCAACGGAUAGGUGAACAAAAGACUGAUAAGGGGUUGACAAAAUUCCCGAUAAAAGAUCACCAAAGACAACUACUAAACAAUAAUGUACAAUACUAAGGGAAAGGCCGUACAAGGCCCAAGACUACAAGCCAAGAGAGACUCACUUCCGGAGGAGAUAGGGUUCAAAGAAAUAUUACUGGAAAUGCAAAAAAUUGCAUUAAGACAGGACACCCAGUUCCAAGCUUUACACGAAGAAAUUCAAAGUUUCAAACAAGAGUUAAAAGAAGAAAUGAAAACAUUGAAGGAAGACUUGGAGAAGGUGAAGAGAGAUAAUCAAAAUAUGAUUAAAUCGCAAAGUAAGUUAGAGUACAAGGUGGAGAAACUGGAGAAUUUGAAUCAGAAAUCUCAACUACAAGCAGAAAUGAUGGAAAAUAGAGAAUUAGAGUACCAACUAAGAAUUAGACACCUCGAAGAAACGGCAAAAGAAGAUCUGAAAAAAAUAAUAAUAGAAUUGUUAGCUGAACUGAUGAACACCAGCGCAAACGAAAUAGACCAAGACCUGGAUAGAGUAUAUCGGAUCACAACAGGAUACUCCAAAAGAAACAAAACUACAAGAGAUGCAAUAAUUACUUUCAGCAGAAAACGUAUAAGAGACGAAAUUUUAAAAGAAAAUGCCAAGAGAUCGAUAUUCUACAAAGACAAAAGGGUGAUCAUAAUGAAAGAGGUGUCGCAACAAAGUUUGGCUAGACGUAGAAAAUAUGCCUUUUUGACGGAAGAACUGUCUAAAACAGGGGUCCUCAAACUUUUUAAGCCGAGGGCCGGUCCACAAUCCUUCAGACUGUUGAGGGGCCGGAUUAUCAUUUGAAAAAAAAAAAAAACAAACAAAUUCCGAUGCACACUGCACAUGUCUUAUUUGUAGUGCAAAAACAACAACAACAACAACAAGAACAAUGAAAGAACAAUACAAUAUUUAAAAAUAAAAAUAAUUUUAACCAACAUACAUUUAUCAGGAUUUCAAUGGGAAGUGUAGUCCUGCUUCUGGCCAAUGAGAUAGUCAAGUUAAUUAGGGUUGUUGUUGUUGUUGUUGUUGUUGUUGUUGUUGUUGUUGUGUGCCUUCAAGUCAUUUCAGACUUUGGGCAAGCCUAAGUCUAAAAUUUAUUUAUUUAUUAUUUAUUUAUUUACUGCAUUUAUUUACUACAUUUGUAUCACUCCCUUCUUACCCCAAAGGGGACUCAGAGUGGCUUACAAAUUAUAUGCACAAACAAUAUAUUAUAUUAUUAGCAUAGCACAAUAUUAACAUUAUAUAUUACUAUAUUGAACUAUACCACUAUACUGUAAUAUUAUUAGUAAUAUUAUAUGUAAUAUAGAAUAUAUAAUUAAUAUUAUUAUAUGGUAUUAUAAUUAGUGUUAUAUUGUACUACAUUAUAAUAUUAUUAUCAAUAUUAUAUGUAUAUACAAUAUAUUAUAUUAUAAAACUGAGGGCGGGGGCCAGGUAAAUGACCUCGGAGGGCCGCAUCUGGCCCCCGGGCCUUAGUUUGGGGACCCCUGGUCUAAACGAAGGAUUAAAUUCAGAUGGGAAAAAACAGAGAGGAUCACAGUGACAUUUAAUGACAUAAGAUACUGGCUUAAUACAGAAGAAAAGGCUAGAGCCUUUUAUGAGACGCAUAUGAAAGAGAAAGCACAAUUAUAUACACCGAAAGAUUACAACAUACAAGCAAAAGGGAAACAAAGGGACAAGCAAGGAAGGAAACCUGAUGAAAGAGAAACAGAUGAAGAUGAAGAUGGCCCGGACGAUGAACGAAACGACGAGAGAGAAAGAGAACUCAAGAAACUGAGACAAUUUUCACCAGAGAACUAUCAAUUACUGACGUCACAAGAGGUGCUUCAAUGGGAGAUGCAAGACAACUCACAUGAAUAGAGACCUAAAGAUCUUCUCAAACAACAUUAACAGGAUCAAUUCCCCAAAUAAGAGAAGAGUCUUCAAUCACCUGAUACAAAAAAACUACGACAUAACAGCUUUACAGGAGACGCACGUGAACAAUAAACACACAAAACAUCUGAUACAAGAAAGAUUAGGGAAGGCUUUUUAUGCAACUGCGAAUGAAAAAAAAAACGGGGAGUGGUACUAUAUAUAAAGGAGUGGAUUCACGCAAAUCAAGUAUUUAAGGACAAUGAAGGGAGGUAUAUAGGGGUUGUUAUAGAAAUAAAAAAUCAAAAAAUACUGGUUUGCAAUAUUUAUUGUCCAAAUGGUCCAAAGUUGAAAUUUAUAAAAGAUCUGAAUAAUAAUAUAGUACAACAAGAAUUCGACGAGUUAAUAAUUUUAGGAGAUUUUAAUGGUGUAGUUGAUGCGACCAAUGACAAAUCAAGUAGUAAUGGCAAGCAAAAUAAGGGGAAAACCAACUCCGGUCAACUACCUAAACAAUUCUUACAACAUAUGAAGAAUCUAAAUCUAAUCGACAUCUGGAGACAUCAAAAUGAAAAAAAGAAAGAUUAUACCUUCUAUUCUGGAAGACAUGAGUCUUGGUCUCGUAUAGAUAUGGCUUGGUUGACAAAUGCGUUAGCAGUCAGGACAAAGAAAAUUAAAAUACUACCCAGAAUUCUAUCAGACCAUUGUGCCCUAGAACUUACAAUAAAAGGAAGAAACAGCUCCUAUAGAUGGAGAUUAAAUGAGAACCUACCGAAAAAGGAGAAAGAUAUAGAAUUAAAUAGAAAGUUACUAAAGGAAUAUUUAGAUUUAAAUAAAGGUAACGAGACCUCUAAAAAUACCCAAUGGGAGGCAAUGAAAGCUGUAAUGAGAGGAUAUCUUAUCCAACAAAAUUCAAUUAAGAACAAAAACAGAAACAAAGAAAUAAAGGAAUUCAUAGAAAAUAUCAAUAUAAAAGAGGAGCUACUUAAAAAAGAACCAACAAAUAAGAAAGUAGUUAUGGAACUAGAAAUGCUUAAAAAACAGCUACAAAUAUUACAAACAGACAAAAUAGAGAAACAGCUGAAGUAUAUUAAGCAAAACCAUUUUCAGAACGCGAAUAAGAUUGGGAAAUGGCUGGUUAAAAAAAUAAAGGACAAAAAACAAAGACAACACAUCAUCAAAAUACAGAAAGAUGGAAUUACAUACUUGGAGGAAAACAAAAUCGCCGAUCAAUUUAUAAACUUCUAUAAGGAAUUAUAUAAAAAAGAAGAAGUCUCCAAAGAAUCGAUAACAAAAAAUAUUUGUAAUCUAAAUUUACGAAAAUUAAAUGAUGAACAAAGAAAAGAUUUGAACAACCCAAUCACAACUGGCGAAAUUGAUAUAGCAAUCCGUAAACUCAAAAAUAAUAAAGCACCAGGGCCAGAUGGAUUCACUGCCAUUUUCUAUAAGAUUUUCAAAGAAGAACUAGGCCCAUUGUUGAAAGAUAUACUCAACAACAUUCUAGACAACAAAGAAAUCCCCAUAUCCUGGCAAAAAGCCAAUAUAUCCCUAAUACAUAAAGAGAAUACUGAACCGACAGAAAUCAAAAAUUAUCGACCCAUUUCCUUAUUAAACCACGAUUACAAAAUCUUUAUGACAAUUAUGGCAGAGAGAUUAAAAAACUUUAUGAGAAAGUGGAUUUUGGAAGAGCAAGUAGGUUUUCUGCCCAACAGACAAAUAAAAGACAAUAUUAGAAUUCUAAUUGACACAAUUGAAUAUUAUGAAAAGCACAACGAAAAACAGAUGGCAUUAUUAUUCAUUGACGCAGAGAAAGUGUUAUGAUUGAGCCUCAUGGCUCUGUUACUGACAGACGUGGGCGUAAGACUCCUCGAGAGUCAGAUACUCUCGAGGAGCGAGAAAGAAAAAGACUGCGAGACAUUUUUGCAGCACCGUCUGACGAAGAGUCUUUUGAGGGGUUUACGGAGAGAAUGGAAGAGGGGCUGGUUACCUCGGAGGAGGAUGAGAUGGAUUGGACUCGGGUAAGGGAGGAAUUGGGUGCCACUGGCCAUGAUGGGAUGGAAGAUGAAUGGGGACCUUCAGGAUUAGAUCCAUGGCUUAGCUGGAGGGAUGGGACGGGAUCCACAGCUGGAGAUGCUGUGGGGCGUAGUCAGAGGUGUUCCAGCUCUGAUGAGGAAAGUGAUGAGGAAACGCCCGGGUUAAGGAGGACAGCUGACAGUGAUGAGGAUUUGUAACUGGCAUAAAAUGGGGCUUGGGAGCAAUUGCAAAUUGCGUUGGGCAAGGUAAUCUGGACAAACGCUUGGGAUCUGUGUGGGACGCUUUCCUGAAGACUGGUGUGUUUUCCUGUGCUGAGACGUAAGUUGUUUUGGAAUUCAGGGUCAGACGGCGGGAGGAAUUGUGUGGGCAUUUGUUUGUGCAAACCUGUGCUUACUCUUAUUAGCUUGACCUUCCGUCGUCUUCUUGACGGACGCCAUCUCCUGCUUUGAAAACUCGGACUGAACUGACCACGGCUUGUCUUCCCCCUUGUUGGACUUGGAAACUACAAACGUCUGCUUCUGGCUUUGAUCUACGGAAAGGAACUGGGUCUACUCUGCUGCUACAAUCCUUGGCUGAUCUGUUCGUGUUGGAAAUCCUGUCUGCUGUGUGUGGGGGAGCGACGCAAGUUUUUCUAAGCACAGUGUUGGCAGCAGAGAGGAAUCUGCUGCCAAUUAGUUGCAUUCUUUUGUAUCUUUUGUUCCUCGGCUUUUGUUUUGUUUAUCCCCAGGCUGAAGCAAGCAGUUUGUUUUUUACCCGGAUUAAACUCCGGUUUAAUCCGGUUUAUCUUUUGAACGUUUUUCCUUGUCCCUUUUUGCUCCUAAAGGCUAAAAUUGCCUGGCCCUUGUAUUUUACGGGCACUUUUGAGUUCUGUAAUCCAAUAAACUCUGUUAUCUUGAA